CGGAAACAAACGUGCGUAAAGUGUUCAAAAAGUUUGAUACAAAUGUGAAAAUAAUUUAUUAAAACAAAAUAUACUAGGUCGUAAGAUGUUUCUAACAUGGUCCUUAUUUCUAAUAAUCAUUACACAAGAGUGUUCAAGCCAAGAUGACACGGGGCCGUACCGAGGCAAAUAUAUAGGCAAGCUAAACUCCUAUCAUCACCAGGUGUCAGGAGAAGUGUAUGCUGUGGAUGACUGGACACUCCUGCUCGUGGACUUCAACUAUGAUGGCACAGGGGAUGACACAUUUUUCUGGGCCGGGGACUCUGGGAGACCUGGACCUUUGGGGUUCAUUGUUCCUGAUCAAAAUGGCAAGACCAACAUCCUGGAACGCUACAACAACGAGGAGAUCCGCCUCAAGCUGCCCGACGGCAAGAAGGUGCCGCGCAUCUCGUGGUUCGCCGUGUACGACCUCGCCUCGCAGAACGCGUUCGGCGACGUGUACAUCCCCGAGGAGUUCGAGGCGCCCGCGCCGCGCACGCUCACGCCCUUCGUGGCGGCGCCCGGCGUGGCGCUGUCGAGCCAGCCCGUCACCUUCCUGGACGCUUCCACGUUCGUGAUCCCGGACUUCCACUACGACGGCAGCGGCGAGGUGUACUUCUGGACGGGCGUGGGCCCGCAGCCGUCGUCGCGCGGCAGCAAGAUCCCCGACGAGGACGGAUACCUGGAGCCGCUGCGCGCGUACGCGGGCGAGUCGCUGCGGCUGUCGCUGCCGGGCGGCCGCACCGUGUUCGAGGUGGACUGGCUGGCCGUGUACGACGUGCGCGCGCGCGCCGCGCUGGGCGCCGUGCUCGUGCCCGACGCGCUCAACGUGCCGCCCGCGCCCGCGCGCACGCACGCGCACAGGACGACGCUGCCGCGCUGCAAGCAGCUGCACCGCGACUACCAGGUGUCGUGGGAGGUGUUCGGCAACCAGAUCACCAUCCAGCUGGCGGCCUUCAUGGGCGAGCACGAGUACAUGGCGUUCGGCAUCUCGGGCUCGGCCAGCCGCUCGCAGAUGGCGGGCGCGGACGCGGCCGUGGCGUGGUUCGACCGCCGCCUGCAGCGCGGCCUGGCCACCGACUACAACGUCACCGCCAUCGCGCCGUGCGUGCAGGUGCUGGGCCGCUGGGCCGGCGUGUGCCGCGACGAGCGCGUGGGCGGGCUGGACUCCAACCAGGUGUUCAGCGCCAGCCGCGAGGACGGGCUCACGGUCAUCAGCUACCGCCGCGGCCUGCAGCCAGCGGAGGCGCUGGACCGCGAGUGGUCCACCGAGCGCGCCGUGUUCGUGGUGUGGGCGCUGGGCGCGUUGGACCACGCGCUAGAGCCCGCCUUCCACCGCGUCUACCCGCGCCACGACGUGCAGCUCGUGCUGAGCCAGAACGUGGCCGACAACGACUGCGUCGACUUCGUCACCGCGGCGCCGGCGCGCGUGGCGGGCUGGGAGCGCGCCGAGCUGUUCGACCCCGCGCUGCGCGUGUUCCGCCUGGCGCUGGGCCCGGCCGGCGGCGCGCGCGGGCUGCGGGCGCGCCGCGCCGCCGCGCCGCCGCGCGCCUGGUACGCCAACGGCCAGCUGGCGCCCGACCUGCAGCUGCGCCGCGGCCUCGCCUACACCUUCCAGGUCAGCGGCGGCGACGACCCGCACUCCGCGGCGCUGUACCACCCGCUGGUGAUCACCACCGAGCCGCACGGCGGCCUGGAGCGCCUCGCCGACGCCGCGCAGCGCUCCGUGCGCGUGCUGGCCGGCACGCGCCACACGCGCCGCGGCCGCCUCAGCCCCACCGCCGCGGGCGGGCUGUGCCUGGGCGAGCGCGCGGCGGGGCAGGACGCGCGGCGCGACGCGGCCUUCGAGUCGUUCCGCGCCUUCAACCGCAGCCUCACGUGGCGCUGCAGCGGCGCGCCCGCGCUGCUGGCCGUGGCGCCCAACUCCACGUGGCCCGACCGCGUCUACUACCACUCCUUCACGCACGCAGACAUGGGCGGCCGCAUCUUCGUGGUGGACCGCCACCGCCGCAACAUCGCCCGCAGCCGCGCCGCACCGCACCGCGCCCCACUGCCGCUACUGCCGCUGCUGCUGGUGCCGCUGCUGCGGGCGGCGUAGCGCGGCAGCGGCACGCGCGCAGCGUGGGCGCCGGGAUGCUGCCCCACGGUCCGAUGAUCUUGACUUCGUGUGCAGUAAAGACGCCGAUGCGUUUGACAGUAAAGGCUUUUGCUUUUUAACUGCGCGGAACUGAAUGCGAC